UAUGUAUAUGUGUAUGAAUGGUUGAAUGUGUAUGCGAGUGAAUUGUGUCAACUCGAUUGAAUCACGCGCAUGUCCACGCAGGUCAGUCAGUCGUUGUCGACAAGUCUUGUAUUAAAGAUCUAACCAUAAGAAUGAUCAUUCAUUUAUCUAACGAAAAUUAAAGCAUCAAGACCUUGGCACUUAUUUGACAAAUCUACCGUUGAUCUAAAUUAUUAUAACAACAUAAUCAUCAUCAUCAUUAUUGAUAUUAAUUUUGUUGAUUGCAGUUUGCACGUCAAGGUGUACGACAGGUCAAUUGUUACUUGAUACCUGGUAAACAAGAUAAAAAUAUAAUAAAAAUGCCUUGUCCAUUUUUAACACGUUUAUCAUCAAAUUACAUACGUAAUUAUGGUACAUCAGUUGUAAUGAAUUAUCGUCAACAUUGUCCAGUUAUGUCACGUUUAUCAAGUACACUUGUUGAUACAAAAAAUGAUGAUAAUAUUGAUAAUACAACAAUAAAACAAUGUCCAUUUUUAUCAAAAGAAAAAGAUGCUGUUAAAGAAGCAAGUCCAGCUGUUGAAGAAGAUAUUAUAAAUGUUGAUAAAAAUAAGCAAUUUCCAUAUGAAGAAUAUUUUCAUAAACAAAUACAAAAAAAAAAAGAAGAUCAUUCAUAUCGUAUAUUUAAAAAAGUUAAUCGUUUAGCUAAAGAAUUUCCAUCAGCAAUUGAAUAUACAUGUGGUGAAAAACCAAUAACAGUAUGGUGUUCAAAUGAUUAUUUGGGUAUGUCACGUCAUCCAAUUGUCAUUAAUUCAGUACAAAAAGCACUUGAUAAAUAUGGUGCUGGUGCUGGUGGUACACGUAAUAUAUCUGGUAAUUCAAUUGGUCAUGAAAAACUUGAAAAACGUUUAUCUUUAUUACAUGAAAAAGAAGCUGGUUUAUUAUUUACAUCAUGUUUUGUUGCAAAUGAUUCAACAUUAUUUACACUUGCUAAAAUAUUACCAAAUUGUCAUAUAUUUUCUGAUUCUGGUAAUCAUGCAUCAAUGAUACAAGGUAUUAGAAAUAGUUGUGUACCAAAACAUAUAUUUCGUCAUAAUGAUACAAUACAUUUAGAAAAAUUAUUAUCAAGUAUUGAUAAAUCAAUACCAAAAAUUGUUGCAUUUGAAACAGUACAUUCCAUGAAUGGUAGUAUAUGUCCACUUGAAGAAAUGUGUGAUAUAUCACAUAAAUAUGGUGCAUUAACAUUUAUUGAUGAAGUACAUGCUGUUGGGUUAUAUGGUAAUUGUGGUGCUGGUAUUGGUGAACGUGAUAAUGUUUUACAUAAAAUGGAUAUUAUAUCUGGUACACUUGGUAAAGCAUUUGGUAAUGUUGGUGGUUAUGUUGUUGGUACAUCUAAACUUAUUGAUAUGAUUAGAAGUUAUGCUGCUGGUUUUAUAUUUACAACAUCAUUACCACCAACUGUAUUAUAUGGUGCACAUACUGCUAUUGAUAUAUUAUCAUCAGAUGAAGGAAGGCUAUUGAGAAAUAAACAUCAACAAAAUGUUAAAUAUAUGAAAAAUAAAUUAACACUAGCUGGUCUUCCUCUUGAACAAUCACCAUCUCAUAUUAUUCCAAUCAAGAUUGGUGAUCCACAACUUUGUACUGAAAUUGCUGAUACUUUGUUACGUGAAAAGGGUCAUUAUGUUCAGGCAAUUAACUAUCCAACAGUUGCCAAGGGUGAAGAAAAAUUACGUCUAGCACCAACUCCAAAACACACUCAAGAUAUGAUGGAUCAAUUUGUGCAGGACACUCUUGAGGUCUUUCACAAUUUAAAUGCUCCAAUAAUUAUUAAAAAUCCAGAAGAAUUACCAAGAGCAAUAUCAGUACAUUGACAAUAAUUUUAAUUAUCAAUAAAUAUAAUUAAAAUAUACAUGUUGUUGUUGUUGUUGUUAAAUGCAAUAGAAUAUUAUAUUUACAAAAAAAACAGAAUAUAUAUAUUUAUGAAAAAUAGAAAUAAUUUAAAUAAUUAACUCAAUAGAUAACUUGAAUCAUCAUUAAAAAAAAGAACAUUACAAUAAAACAAGACUUAAUCAAAUUAAAUUGA